AUGGGAUUAUUAACAAAAGGUACUCCGUUAUCAUGGAAGGAAAUUAUUCCAUAUGUCGACUAUAUUAAGGAACAUGGUAUAAAGCAAUUUAUUACAUUAUAUCAUCGACUGAAAGAUCGAGAAGGUGAUCAGUUGCGAUGGGGUGAUGAAAUUGAAUAUACCAUUAUUGCAUUCGAUCAUGAAGCGAAAAAGGCUUGUUUCAUUUCCUAUUCUUUUGGAAAAUUUCUCAUUUCUUUAUUAAUUAUUAAUUUUGUGCGAGUGAGCUUGAGAGCUGAAGAAUUACUUAAUAGGCUUUCUGCUGCUGAAGAAGUUAACGCUUUGAUUGGUGUGGAGAAUUGUCAUUUGUGGCGUCCAGAAUUUGCAGCAUAUAUGGUAGAAGGCACACCAGGCGUUCCUUAUGGCGCAUUGUUGGCUUGUUUCAAUAGUGUUGAAAGUAAUAUGAUUAGUCGUCGUGCUGAAAUCAUGCGAUUACUGAAAGAGAAUGAAGCAGUAAUGUCUAUUUCUUUUCCUGCUUUGGGCACUCCUGAUUUCACUGUGCCUCCUACCAGGCCUCAUCCAGAAGAUGAGAAAGCCGCUGGACGUUCUUUGUUUUUCCCAGAUGAAGCAAUUUAUCUCGGUCACCCCAGAUUCAGAAAUCUAGUCAGAAAUAUCCGUGAACGACGAGGUGAAAAAGUUGCUAUAAAUAUUCCCAUCUUUCGAGACAAAAACACUCCAUCUCCUUACAUUGAGGAAAUCGAAGCAGAUGCGGCAAAGCCGGAUCAUAUUUAUAUGGACCAUAUGGGUUUUGGUAUGGGUUGUUGUUGUCUACAAGUUACAUUCCAGGCGGUAAAUGUUCGAGAAGCUCGUUGGCUAUAUGAUCAGUUAACACCGAUUACACCAGUUCUUCUUGCUCUUUCUGCUUCUACUCCAGUUUUCCGUUCUCGCUUAGCAGAUGUAGAUUCUCGUUGGGACGUUAUUUCAGCUAGCGUUGAUGAUCGGACGGCAGAAGAAAGAGGAUUAGUGCCAUUGAAGCAAAAUAAAUUCGUUUUAAAUAAAAGUCGCUAUGAUACUACUGACUGCUAUAUUUGCCCAUGUUCCAUGGAAUAUAAUGAUAUUCCAUUGGAAUAUGAUCCAAAAAUUUAUCAACAACUAAUUGAAGGUGGAAUUGAUGAGCCUUUGUCUGCCCAUAUUGCACAUAUGUUCAUCAGAGAUCCGCUGCAGGUAUUUAAAGAGCGAAUUGAGCAAGACGAUUCAGCAUCAACAGAACAUUUUGAGACUAUUCAAAGUUCAAAUUGGAUGAAUAUGCGUUUUAAGCCUCCUCCUCCAUUUGCGCCUGAAAUUGGAUGGCGUGUUGAAUUUCGUCCUACUGAAGUUCAGUUAACAGAUUUUGAAAACGCUGCAUAUUGCUGCUUUGUUGUUUUACUUACGAGAGUUAUCAUAUCAUUCCAUCUGACAUUUCUAUUACCAAUAUCUGCCGUUAGUGAUAAUAUGAAACGUGCGCAACGUCGAAAUGCAGUGAUGAAUCAAAAAUUUCUGUUUCGGAAAUGUUCGCCGAUUUGCGGCAAGUCAUGCGACACAACAGAUAACUCUUCUUCUGAUGAUAUAGUGGAAAUGUCUAUCAAUGAAAUCAUUAAUGGCAAAGAUAGCGAAUUCCCAGGUUUGGUACCUCUCAUUCGUAAUUAUUUGGAUAGUGCGGAUGUAGAUGUGGAUACUCGUUGCUCGAUCAGCCAAUACCUUAGCUUCAUUCAGAAGCGUGCUUCCGGAGAAUUAUUAACUUUAGCUUCCUGGAUGAGGGAGUAUAUUGACAAGCAUCCUAAUUAUAAGCAUGAUUCUAUUCUUAGUGACCACGUUAUUUAUGAUAUGCUUAAAACGAUGAAUGAAAUUGCCAACGGCGAAUUACGUUGUACAAAAUUACUGGGUAAUUACGAAAAUCGCUCGAAAACCAAUCAUGGUAUUCCAAAAGCAGUUCGUCGAGCAGAAGAAAGGCUUGUAUUGAGUAGGAUAGAACAUAAAUCAUCGUAG